CAACUUCACUAUUGGUACCGCCAUUUUGUCGUUAUCAAGUUUUGCUGUCAUAUUGCUGAAUUUCUCAUCUGUUUGCCUCACAGUUCGCCCGACGCCAGUUGUAAUCACCAUGAGUUCAUACAGCCAAGCUCUUGACCUCGUCAUCAGGUUCCCUUUGAACUUUGACAUCUGGGCCCCUCCUCGCCAACGUCCUACUGGGAGAUACAUGACCAUCCUUGAGCCCCUGUCUGAGCUGCCCGUCCCUCCCACCUCCCUCCCUGCCCCUCUCUCUACCCCUGUCCUCCGUGAUGCCCCUCACUUCGUCGAUAUCAACCUCGAUGAUGACGACACCCCGACCCAGUCCCCAGUUCGAGUCUUCCUGUCACGUGUGUCUGGAUUCUUGAGGAGAGUGUUCCGUGUCAAGAUGGACGCUUAGAGUGAC